UGCGCCACGCGUCACGCACACCCCAGUGUCGGACCCUGUUCAGAACCAUAUUGUAAUUGCAUCAAAUCUCUAUAAACCUUUUCCCUUGGCCAUGGCUUCAGUAUUCAAGAUUGUUCCAACUACGCAACAAUAUGAUUGGGGCAAAGUCGGUUCAAAAUCUAUAGUGGCUCAACUCGCCGCAUCUUCCGAUGUCAAUCCGGAUUUCGCAUUCGACGAAAGCAAACCGUAUGCGGAGCUCUGGAUGGGCACCCAUCCUACUUCUCCGUCGCAUCUACCCUCGCCGUCAAGUUCUACUCUAUCAGCCCAUCUCAAGUCGCACCCUUCUCUUAUCGGAAAUUUCGUUGCAGAGAAGUUUCCUAACGCCAAAGAGGGAAAUCUUCCCUUCUUGUUCAAGGUUCUUUCUAUCGAAAAAGCACUCAGUAUCCAGACCCAUCCCGACAAGAGGACCGCAGAAACUCUACACGCGCAGCUUCCUCAUAUAUACAAAGACGAUAACCAUAAGCCCGAGCUAGCCAUUGCCCUAACACCAUUCCGUGCCUUAUGCGGCUUCCAACCUCUUUCAGCUAUUGCUAAACAUCUCUUCAUCACACCUGAGCUAUCUGCUCUCGUUCCAAAGACAAUAACUGAAAACUUCCUCUCAAUUUCUUCCGGAUCCGAUUCCAGUAGCCCUGAAGCUAAAGCUGCUUUGAAGGACCUCUUCUCUGCUCUAAUGACCGCAGAACAGACCUUGGUCAGGGGUCAACUCGAUGCCUUGGUUCAUCGAUAUCGAUCCCCUACGCCGGAGGACGGCGGUAUAGAGGAGCUUGUGCUGAGGUUGAAUAGCCAAUUUCCUGGCGAUAUUGGCGUGUUUUGCGCGUUCAUCCUCAAUUACAUCACACUCUUGCCAGGAGAAGCCAUUUUUCUAGGAGCAGGAGAACCUCACGCUUAUGUCUCUGGAGACAUCAUCGAGUGUAUGGCCAAUUCGGAUAAUGUUAUUCGUGCGGGAUUAACACCAAAACUGAGGGAUAUUCCCAAUCUUGUCGCGGGGCUGACUUAUGUACCUGCAGAAGCCGCAAGGCAUCGUGUUCAACCUUCAGCUUUCCCUCCUUCUGCCACCUCUUCCGCAUCGACGCUAUACGAUCCUCCGAUCCCGGAAUUUUCCGUCGUGGGAGUGAAGGUCCAAAAUCAGCUCAAGGAGAGCCAUCCGCCUUUGAAAGGCCCAAGUCUGACGGUGGUCACAGAGGGCAAGGGUGUGGUGUCAUGGAACAAAGGGCAGGAUACCUUGCAGAUUGGGAAAGGCGAUGUAUUUUUUGUUGGUGCAGAAACGGGUAUUCAAUACGAAGGACAGGAUCUGGUGCUCUAUCGGGCUUUUGUGGAAGCCUAACAAGAACUGUUCAUUCUCAUUGGACGAUGAUUCCUUCUGAUUUGUGUCAUCGACUGUAUAAAUAACUGGAAUAGAUAUGUC